UCGUCCAAGGAGCAUGCGUGGUUAUCACAGCAGGAUACCAUUUGAGAGCGUAAAAAAAGAUUCGAUUCACAGGAGAGAAAGAGGAAAAAGAGAAUAAGGGAGAAAGAUUGUUCUCGUCGAAAUUACCUAGGGACUCCAAAGCAUUAUGGCCAAGUCUCCCACAGAGCGGAACCCUACAGCGUCUCACUAUUUCCGUCAUGCCAGGCGGAAAGAAGGACAGCUGCGACUAAGCUCUCCAGCAGAGCCACUUCAUAUCCUGACACACCGUGAGAUGCGAUCAACGCCCAACCGCCGGGCAGAGUGUCGACUGAGUUCCCGCUAUUCCUCGGUGAGGUCCACGCAGUGCAUGGGUUGGGUGCAUCCAUAUGCAGCGACGGUCACGCCCGAUUUUCACUGCGAACUUCCCGUUCGGGAGUUGAAGCUCCAUUUGUCUGAUGUAACUUAGCUCUUCUUGUUAUACUAAAGGUCGGAGACCACUGAGGUCACAUUCAUUUUGCGCACUGAUAUCAAUUAGUGAUACACUUCUGGAAGUUCUGCUUACGUUACAACUCAUGUUCGGCACGCAUUCUGAUACAGACGACAAACGCUACAGAACGAUAAUUAACUAUCGAUCUUCCGCAUCUUCAUAACACCAUACAGUCAUUAUCAUCUCUCUUCGAAAAGGGACUCUUCAAAAACACAAACGAGAGAAAGAGACUGGCAGUAUUCAAUCUUUUCGAUCCAAGACUUUUGUUUGAGUUCUCUUUCCAACCGCCAUCAGAGACAGAUUGUUCUAAUGAGAAAGAAGAGAGUAAUAAAACUCGCGCCAACCAGCAUGUCGUCUCGACGGAAACAGUCCAAACCCAGGGCGCUCAAAAGAGAAGUGAGUGAAGAUGAGAAACAACCAUCUCUGGAGGAUGCAACAGGAUGCGAUCAGGAGAACGGAGGAGAUGUUGCCAUCGAAAAGACUGCCAGUCAGGAUGAAGGAACCCCAGGGGAACUCCCCGACGACCCGGCAAAUGAAUCACCAACAGGCAACGAUACGAUUGCGGGGAACACUCUUUCUCUCUGGUUGCUAGGAGAUGCAGUAGAUGUUACCAUGGAGAUGGAUGGUGGAUCUGAUGGGGCGGACAAAGCUGGUGACACAGCGGAGGAGGAGGAUGAGGAUGAUGACGACGGGGAAGAUGGCGAGGAUGAGAACGACGAUGAGGAGGAAGAGAUCUACAAGUGUGAUGUCUGCAGUGAGACCUUUAACAGCAUCACGGACUUCAUGGAUCAUAGGAACAAAGACUGCAAACCAGAUGACAGUUUGAUUGCUGGUGAUGUUGAGGGAGAUGCCCAGUAUCGACUUGAACACAAGGGACUGGUCUCCGCAGUCGAUAACUCUCUACCCUACCCAUGCCAGUACUGUGAUAAGUCCUUUUCAAGGCUUCGCUUCCUGAAGAUUCACGAGCAGAGCCAUAGAGACAAGCUGCGCUUUGAAUGCACUUACUGUGCUCGCCUUUUCAAGCACAAGAGGAGUCUGGAUCGGCAUGUGAAGCUUCACACCGGUUUCAAGAAGUACCACUGUCCUUACUGUGAGGCGGCUUACGCCCGUAGCGACCACCUCAAGACUCAUAUCCAGACUCAUAUCAAAGGAAGCGUGAAGAAACAGGGGCCUGCCAGCCUGCAGCUUUGUUCAACUUGCAACCGAGGAUUUCUAACCAGUAGGGCUCUGGUGCUCCAUCAGAACACCUGCAGUAAGUCCAGCCCAGAAGAAGAUCUUGCUUUCAAGUGUGAUCAAUGUUCUGUCUAUUUCUUAUCAGAAGAACAACUGGAUGAGCAUAUGGCUCACCAUGCCAGUAGCAGCGGUAUGGUGGUAGAGUAUCCUGAUGGUGACAUGAAAUCCAAGAGACCAAGUGUGUUGGAUGUGCAGGAAAGCAGCAAUCACAGCAUCAAGAUCGAGCCUUCCAGCUCAUCCCAGCCAAAUAGUCAAAGUGGAACACCAGAUACAUCCUUGAAUUGCCCUCACUGCUCCUGGACGGAUUUUCCAAGUGCAGAAUCGUUGAGCAUACACAUUCAGCAGAUCCACAUCAAGUCUCCUUCCACACCCCAGAGCUAUGUCUGCCACUACUGUGGAAAGGAGUACCCAAGUCUGUUCAACCUGACAGAGCACAUCUCGGCCCUUCAUGAGAAUGAAGCGAAAAACAUGCAAAGUGGGGAUGAAGCUUGCAAUUUCAUCUGUGGAUACUGCACAAUGAAGUUCAGCACGAUGACAGAGCUACAUGAACAUGUCAAAGGUGUGCACUCUAUGACUGGACUUAUUUCUUACAGGGAAGAUGGCAAACUUGUUUGUCCAUACUGCAACGCAGCUUUUCCUAGUGAGGUAGCUCUCAUGGACCAUUUCCGGAAUGUCCAUAAUUCUUUUGACAAUGCCAAGGAUCGUUCCAAGCUUCAGUGCCCUCAUUGCACCAAGGCUUACCCCAAUGAAAGAUACCUCCAAGAACAUAUGAAGAGAAGCCAUUGUAAACCUUUAGACAAAAUGAAGUACCCAUGCCCCUACUGCAUCAAGCAAAACCUCUUUGACUCUAUUGAGCAGCUACAGCUUCACAUUGAAGUGUUCCACAAGAGCUCUCACACUCCUGUUUACUUGAACUCAGAAUCUACUUGUAGCUCAAGCUCUGGAAGUAUCCUUAAAGAUCAGCUUAGUGGGAAAUCUAACCUUGACAAACUUUCACCGCCUCCUAUUUCGAUUCCAUCUUUCAAAGUGACCAAGGAUGUAAAGGAAAUGAGAGUGGUGAAGAAAGAGCCAGCGACCAGCCCCUUACCGGCUCCUGUUUCCAUCUCAGUUUCACCACCAGAAGAUCCAGAACGCCAAUCUCAGAGCAGUGAAGGAUCAACCGCUGAAGAGACAAAGGCAUCUUGUCCCACCUGCCACAAUGAAUUUGCUAAUAAGGAACAACUUAUUGUUCAUGUCCUGACCCACUUUAAGACUGUGUCUAAGGAGUAUGUGUGCAAAGAUUGUGGGAAAUCUUUUAAAAAGCCUGAUGAGCUCCAGAAGCAUUUGUUUGAAAUUCAUGCUCAUCAUCUUUUCAAGUGUUCCCUCUGCAAAGAGGUCUUUGACUCCAAGGUGUCUAUUCAGGUGCACUUUGCUGUAAAACACAGUAAUGAAUUCAAGAUCUUCAGCUGCACUAAAUGUGGGGUGGUGUACAAUGCUGAAGCAGAGCUAUUGAAUCAUGUAAAAGCAGAACAUCUCAAAAUGGUGCAUCCCUUUAAGUGCAUAUUCUGCAGCCAAAGCUUUGCAUCCGAUGUUGAGUUCCAGUGCCACCUCACUACACACUCAAAUCAGUUACGCUGUCCCUUCUGCAAUGCUCCUUACCGAUCACAAGAGGCUCUUGAUAUCCACUUACAGGCAGCACAUGACCAUGUCGGUGGAAGCAGUACUCUUGCAAAACCUGAUGGACCAGCAGAGACUCCUGAGGAAGCGCAUGGUAGGACCUCGGUUGAUAGUGCAAAGAAAAGUUCAAUAAAAUCAGAAGGCAGUGCAAAAAGUCCAAAGACAAAAGAAGACAUUGUUACCGAUGAAGUGGCUGGAUGUUUUACUUGUCAGAUCUGUGAUGUCAUGUUUCCUUUGAAAUCACUUUUGGAGAAGCAUCGGGAGCAGGAACACAACAUCAAGGCAAGAAGUGCAACUAUCAAAAUGGAGAUGACUCAAUCAAUCAAUAUUGCCGACCAUAUCAAGGGCAAAUUUUCGUGUCAGAUAUGUCCAGAGAAGUUCAAAUAUAAAUUUGAGAUGAUGAAGCAUUUGAAUGAUCACAGUAUGCAGGAGAAACAAACCUUAGCCCAAAUCGCUCGAUCAAAAUCACCAGCAAUGUCGCCUCGUUCUGCAAGCCCUCAGCAACCUUGUGUUUGCCAGGUGUGUCAUCAGUCCUUGCGCUCUGAAGCAGAAUUCCUUGAUCACACCCAGAGACACAAUGUUGACUUAUCCUUAGGUUCAGAGAGAAUUCGCUGCUUAGUUUGCCUUCAGGAGUUGACGUCUUUGGUAGAGCUGCAACUGCACGCUCGCCAUCACACACAGAUUGUAUCAUCGCUGUCUGGUCAAGAGCUGUAUCCUUGUUAUCUGUGUGGAAAGGCAUUCGCAAGCAGAGCUGAUGUUGUACCAAAGCUGGACAGUGAUGGUCGGCCAUGUUUCAGUUGUAUGCGUUGUGUCAAAACAACCCUUGAAGCUCAGUUUCAUGGUGUCACAAAGCUAGGGCAAUCGAUGAAUCAGCUUGGUGGACAGUUUUCAAAAUCCAACGGAGAAAUGACCCCUGAUUCAAUUGUAGCAGUGCAUAGGUGUACUGUUUGUAGGGUCAAGUUUGAAUCACAGGAAGAGUUGGUGAUUCACAUGCAGGUCCACAGCCAGUCAACAUCCAACAGAGAGGCUAAUACAAGUGCUGUCGGCAGCUCCACCGGGAAAACAUAUCAGUGCAUCAAAUGCCAGAAGACCUUUGCCACUGAGGCAGAGAUCCAACUACAUGUGACGUCUCAUGUCCUCGCAGAAGGUGUCCUACAUGAGUGUAAACUCUGCCGCCAGGUCUUUGAUUCUCCUGCUAAACUCCAGUGUCACCUCAUAGAACAUUCUUAUCCAGAUAAAGAGUACCGUUGUCCAAUAUGCAGAGCUUUGUUCAGUUGUGCCAACGACAUUCAAGCACAUGCUAUCGAACAUGGAAUGGACAGUAGACACCACAAGUGCAUGAAUUGCAACCAGUCUUUCUUCUUUCCCGCGGAACUGAUGAACCAUGCCAAGUCGCAUCCACAGUGCCACCAGGAGAGCAAGUUCAACUGUGGGGAAUGCAAACAAAGUUUUGCAUCACUUUUCAGCCUCAGUAACCACAUGAAACUUCACCUCAACAAGCCGACAGUGAAGUGCUCAGUGUGCCCGGAAGUGUUCCAGUCCGUCCUGGAAAUGCAACACCAUUACUUCCGUGUUCACUCUGAGGCCGAAGUAGUCGAGAAACCAAAGACGUAUGACUGCACCAAGUGCGGGAAGAACUUCCCGUGUCUGAGCAACCUUCAGGGUCACAUGCGUAUCCACCACGAGGGGAAGAAAUACACUUGCGGCGAGUGCAACAAGGUCUUUGCGCUCGCCCGGAACCUCACCAUACACAUGCGCUCCCACAGUGGGGAAAAACCCUACCAAUGUCCAAUCUGCGACAAAAGAUUCGCACGCAAGGAGAAUCGGAAGGUCCACAUGCAGUCUCACAGCGGCGUCCGCCCGUUCAUGUGUCCUCACUGCGGUAAGAUGUUCUCCAGGAAGUUUCACGUACAGGUUCACAUGCGGACCCAUUCUAAGUCUCGUAUGACGUCCACGCACCAAUGCGAGAUCUGCCAGGAUAAUUUCACCCUGGCCAAGAACCUCCGGCGUCACCUCAAGAAGGUCCACAAGAUCCAGAGCAGUUUGUUACCCACCAUCGUUCCCGAUAAUCUAGAUGACGAAGAAGAGGAAGCGCUCAUGGAUGAGAGCAUGGGUGAAGGAGGGUCCGGGGCGGUGGAACAAGAAGUCAGUAGUAGUCAAGAUGUUGCCAUGGUAUCAGUGGAGCACGGCCAGUCAGAAUAGUUUGAUUUCUGAAGCUGUAAUAUGUUUUUAAUUAAUCGUUGUGUAGUAUACUUGGUUCUGUCAUUGUUGUUUUUAAACAACAGUGAUGCUCGACGGUGAAGUUGUAUGAGAUUUAUACAUAUUGUAAACAAUUAUUUCCGUCGGAGUAUUUUGUAAGAGAGACAAAAAGAGUUUAUAUAAUUGUGUUUAUACUGCUAAUUGUUAAAAUUUUUAGCCUAACUUUCAGAAGGUUUGAUGACAUAUCGUAAUGUUAAUGCUCAGAGGCUCAGAGCAAAAAAUAGCCGGAGUUAUCCAUUUCGUCAUUGAAUAAAAUACU